CUCUCCUCCUGCCCACCCCUUCCAGGCCUCGAUGAAAUCCAGUGCUCCCUGCCCCCCGAGAACAGAAGGGUGUUCCUGCGCCAGCUGUCGGAGGCCAGCUUCAGCGAGUGCCGGUUCAGCCUCUCGCUCACAGACCUGUUCAUCAUCAUCUUCUCGGGCGUGGCCGUGUCCAUCGCCGCCAUCAUCUCCAGCUUCUUCCUGGCCACCGUGGUGCAGUGCUUCCAGAGGUGCACCCCCAACAAGGACACCGAGGAGGAGGACGAGGAUGAGGACGACUGAGCCCCCCCUCCCGUUCCUCGCUUUCCAGAACCCACUCGUGGCUCCCCUCGGAGGAGAGAGGGAAAUGCUGAGACCCACACGGUCAGUGCCCUGAGCCGCCCAGAGUGGCGCCUGCUCCACGCCUGGGACCCGGGGGCGCACCGGGUGGGACCUCCGACCUCAGAGUGUAGAAUCCGCAGCUUGAGGAGCUCAGGAAGGCUUCCUGGAGGAGGGGCUGCCACUCAGCGUGGGGUGUGCGUGGGGAGAUGAUGGAGUCGGGCUUCACAGCCGCCGGUGGGAAUCCAGCCCAGGGGACACGAGACGUGCAGCGGUCGCCCACAACGAUGACUUUGUGACAUCCACGGCUCUGGCCUGGCCUGGGCCGCCAUGAUGCACCUCCUACCUCCCAGGAGGCGGCUGCUCAGACAGUGGGGGUCGGGGUUCAGGUCCCUCUACCCCGUUUGGCUAAUAUGGCACCGAGGAGAAAGCCAAGAACUGGCCGGAGGGUGUUUGUUGUUCCAUUUUGGUUGGGAAAACUUUUGUGGACAGAAACCAAACCUUGGUCCUUAUCCCCGUGAGGCAGCGGCCCACGGAGCAAGGACAGUCGCUUUGAACAGUCCUGAUGGGCGCUGCUCAGAGUCACUCUUCCCUCUGGCGUUGUUUCCCCUCCUCGUCCCCAGACCUGUCCCUGAGUCGCUCCCCAGCGUUCCCCCUGCUGGCACUGCUCCAGACUCGCCAGCUCCAGAAUUUGCACAGAAACCUUCCCGGAGGCCAGGCUUCCAGAAAGCAGGAGGCAUCGGACCCACAAAAUGGUAAAGACAUGAAACGAACGAACUGGGACUCGGCCUCGGGCUGUGUGUGAUGUGAUUUUGGAGCCCAGGCCGUGGCAGGCAGUGAUUCCCAGCGCGGGGAAUGCAGCGCUUUGGUUCUGAGGUAGCAUGGCACCAGCAGUGUCAUGGGCCCAGCGGGGUAAUGCAAGGCGACACGGAAUAGCAGCUCUGGGCCUAAUGGGGACUGACUGGGGGGGGGGA